GAAAAUUACAAAAACCAUUUCUCAUUUGGUCAAGUGCUAAGUCCUUAAAAUACUUACCCAGCCCUGCGUAACAUGAGCGCUUUAAGGAUACCAAUGCGACCUUCAUCAAUUGCUCACCCAGCCUUUUGGUCCCACAGACAAUUUUUACUUUGUUCAGAAAGCUAAUUUCUUCCUCAUUUCCUUCUAACAAUAAUCCUGUGAAGACGUCUCCAUAGUAUAAAUGGCCUCGUGGUUUUUAAACAAGUACGAAGUAGAGAAGCGCUUUUCUUUCGCUACGGAACAUUCCUGUCGUUCCUGGGACGACGUAAUUUUUGUCGACAUCCAAAUAUUCAGUAUUCACCAGGCAGGUUACGUGUUUCUCGGGUCCAACAACCGCAUGAGUGCACCUAAAAAAACAGUCGGGAGCAUCCGCGUUUGGGCCUGGUUUUCUAUUCAUGGUGCUAGAGAAAUCGCCCUCCUUGACGACGAUGCAGACAUCACAGACCUGGUGGACAACUAUCUCGUUGCGAAAGCAGCAGCUCUUUUCGGGAUUGGUCCACUCAGGUUCGUGGACGACAGUGGCUGUGCCUUGACAACAUCGUCGUUCGAGUGUUUCAAGAAAUUGGAGAGCAAAAUCAACAUUAAAGAAAUCAAAUGGCCAUGCAAUUCUAGCCAUCUUUCCCCGUUCUUCACUGUAUGGCACAGAAUAGAUAAAACUAUUAGAAUCCAGCGUUUCCAGCCAGAAGAUCCGGUAGAGCUGUGGAACCUGAUUGAAAUGGUGUGGGGGAGAAUGAGCGACAGACCCGUAUAUUGGAGAGGUGCAAUCUUCAAUAUGCAGAGAAAAUUGCGGGUUAUCGCUGCUUUACGUGGCGAAAGAAUGGAGGGAGAAAUGAUGGCCAAUUACUACAAUCAGGUGCCUUAUUAGUGUUAUUUUUUCUGUUUGUUUAUCAUGUCGAAGGCGCAUUCUGUUUGGUUUUUUGUUUCAGUAACUCGUUUAAUUUUA